AUGGCGGACUCGAGAGAUACCUCUCGAAAACACGACGGUUCAUCAGGAUCGAGAGAUGCUUCUCAGCCGCGAAACACUGCGGAGGGUCGCAGGGCUCAAUCACGGACGCGAAGUCCGAUAUUUCGAGUGCCUCCACGGGACACAGAUUCCGAAUCUGAAGGAUCUAGGAUUAGGUCUGACAUUGCAAGUCGGGGCCGAUCCAUGGUUAGAGGUCGUGGUACGGGAAUCACGCGCGCCCGAGCAGAGUUAAAAGAAGCACGAGAGGAGGCCUAUGAGGUGGCCUUUAACCAACUUCUUAGGGACAGGGCUUACCGGAAAGAUUCACCUCAGGUUAUUACUGACCCCGAGGAGACAGAGGAGAAUGAGAUAAUAUGCCCGGAGGUCCCUGCCAAUCUUACUGCAGAGGAACUUAGGGCCCUUGGUGGGCAUAACGUGGCCAGCAUCAUGCAUGUCGCUACAAAAUCGCGCAACCUCAAGGGAACGUGGGUUAAACGUCUUAAGGAGUCAGCCCGUGUGCUACAAGAGAUUUUAGAAGCGUUAGCAUCUAGGACGGAAGCCGAUGAGACGCGAAGGUUGAGGGCGGACAACACACGUCUCCGUAAUGAGAUCGAAAGCCUCAAGUCCGAUCUGAAGGCUCAUCGUCGAGAGUUUUCGGAAAUGAGGACCUCCAUGGCGGCGGCAAAGAGCGGAACGGCGCCUAGCUUGAGCAAAGACGCUAUGGAGGAACUAAAAGCCUCUAUUGUUGCUUCUUUGAGUGUAAUGAUAGAUGCACGUUUUGCUGGAAUUGAAGAGAGGCUACUACCUGAAACAGUACUACGCCCGCCUCUGGCGGCAGGUCAGGGAAGACGUGCGACAGCUAGACCCCAGCCGUCGUCUGUUACGCCGACAACCAGAUCUGUCCCGAUGGAACACGACAAUAUAGUGACGGAACCUUCUGCCGGAACAUCUGAAGCAGCAGCUGGCUCUAGUCAACCCAGCACUGCAACUGAUGACUGGGCCACAGUGACAAGGAAGGGAGGAAAAGGAAAGAGUAAGAAAACAACCCCCUCCGCAGCCUCGAUAGUUACUCCCGCUGAUAAACAGGCAGCCUUACCCAAGCUUUCCCCACCCAAAACUGCCGCAGUCAUGGUAACCUUACAACCAAAAGCGGCAGACAAAGGGAUGACCUACGCCCAAGUUCUUGAACGGGCUGAGCAGAGUGUGAAUUUGCAGGAGCUCGGUAUCAACGAUGGCAUAAGGAUCCGCCGAGCUGCUACUGGAGCCAGGUUACUAGAGCUGCCUAAAAAUCAGACCCCAGAACAAGCAGAAUUACUUGCAAGCAGGCUUCGAGCGGCUUUGGAUGGUAUUGCUAACGUAGUGCGGCCUACUCAAUCAGCGACGCUCAGGAUUAUCGGGCUCGACGACUCGGUCACAAAAGAGAAAUUAGUUGCUGCAGUUGUUCGCGCUGGUAACUGCACUACUCAGGUAGUUAAAGUUGGGGAUUUGCAAUUGGGCCCCAGAGGUAUGAGCACUGCCACUGUGCACUGUCCUAUUGAGGUGGCUAAGGUUUUGUCUGAUGCUGGAAGGCUUCUAGUUGGAUGGAGUUCCGCUGAGGUUCAGGUACUCGAACAGCGCCCCUUGCGAUGCAGGACUUCCCGCAGGCCAUAUCAUGGGGGGAAAGAGGUGUAA